CUUAUAUCUAUAGCGGGUUCAUCUUGGGUUGCGGGUCGCGAGUAUGGGUCAAACGGCGGACAGUGCGCUGGCGCGCGCGUUUCGGCAGAGCGUCGUCGCGCCCCAGCACGUCGCCAUGCGUCCUGCGCGCGCACCCUACCCGCCGCGGCCCACGCCCGCACGCGCGCGGCCCGGCUGCGCCGCCCGCAUCGCUCUACUGAUCUUCGCAACCAUCGGCACUUUGAGAGCCGCCCGAAUACCACCCGACACCCAUCAAGUGAAAAUCGUGUGUCAAGAGCGUGUGAGCCAGCGGUGCUGGGUAUGGCAGCUUGCAGUCGGAGAUAUCCACCUUGCCGAAAAGAAACUGCACCGGGUCCCUCCGCAGUACGCAUGCGGCAUAAGCAACUCUCAAACAUCUCUUGACCAUAAACAAAUAUUAGUCUAUUCACCGGGUAACGAUGUUACGGUGACAACAUGUAAAACGACCAUACAUCUACCAAUGGACUCUUUGAGCGACUGGAGCUUAGAUUACCAGACAGGAUUAAGGCAACGCAGACAGGCUUCGUACAGGGGACGGUUCAGAGGGCAGACGCAGUCUCAAUACUUGGCAAUCGAUCAAGGGUCAAAGGAUGACGGCAAAGCUGAGGCAAUUUCUGCAGCAGAUACGUCUAAAGCUGUUGUCAGUGGCAAAAGCGGUAUGGGACAAGCUCAGAGUCAGUCAAUGUAUGAUCCUAGUUGCGAUGAAUGUGUUGACCGUUACGUACCUGGCGCAGAAAGCUUACGACGUCCAACAGGGGGCCCUGGUGUUAUGGAGGUGGGCCAGGCAGCCGAGCAGGACCAGGAAGUUAUGGUGGAGGACCAGGUAGUUUAG